CUGCGGCUGUGGCGAGGGCGAGUGGUAGGCGCAUGCGCGGGGGCGUCUGACCGUGGCGAGGCGUGCGGGCGGUCCUGCUGGGGACCGGCAGGAGCGGCAUCAUCCUGGAGAAACCCUGCAGGACCUCAGAGCCGAGCCUGGGGCAUCUUUACUUACUGCGUGCUUCCGACGCAUCUCCGAGGAGACCCGCCUGUACGAAGGGACCCAUGGGCCCCUCCCUGUCUGAGUCAGCCCAACCGCCAAGGACGCCGCGGCAGCAGGCCUAGCCAUUCACGUCGCCCUUCGCCCCGGGGUCGAGCGUCACACGUCUGAGCGGAGCCGCACAGCUGUCUGCUGCGGACAGCCGGUGUGCAGGCUCCAGCUCUCAGCGCUCGGAUUCCUGAGCGGCGUGCAGUCCAAGCACCGGCCACCCGUACAGGCUCCGCCGGCCCCCCCCCCGCCGCCCCCACCAAACCCUGACCGUGGCAGGGAGGGUGGAGGCGCAGCCCCUAGAGAGCUAAGUGCCGAAAAUAAGUAAAUACAGGAGAUACGCCGGGAACAGUUCGGUGCGUGGGCGUGCGUGGCCACGGCUCGUGGGUGAAUUCUGUGCAUUCACUACUUGAGUGUGUCGUGGGCUUGGAUACUAGUGGGAUGACCUGUGCUCAUGUAUUAGGUGCACACACGUGACUACUCUGCGUACACUUCUGUAUCUCUGUGUGUACCUUUGCUCCUCCUACUGUGGGACAGCCUCUGGCCCCCACAUACACCUGUGGAGAGCAUUCAGACUCUUGGCAGAGCAGGCAAAACCCAGUUGGUAGCAAGUCUGGCCUCCUGAGCCGGGCAACCCCAGCCCACCCUAGCCCUUGUCAUUGCGGGCCUGGAACGAACACAUCCCUUUUUCCUGCGGCAGCCUCCUUGGAGCUUCUCUCUCGUCCCCGUUCCCAGCAAACCGCUUUCAGAGCCACAUCCUGGGCACUGAGUCAGAUUCCCCCUACGGAGGGAAGGGGAGAGACUCUGCCUGGCUGUCUUCCUGGAGUUCACAUUGUGGUGGGAGUUAAGAGAGGGUCUUGGGAAGCAAGGGCCCAUUUGAGGGAGAGACCUCUGCAGAGGUCUGGAGAACGCGUGAAUAAAGGAGUGAGUCAGUAAAUUGAGGCAGGAGAAUGGAAGGAAAUGGUUGAGAGGGGUCGGUCUGGCCCUUGACCCUGCGUCCCAGUGGACAGACGAUCCCAGGAGCAGGUAGGAUGCUCCCCUCCUGCCCCCUCCCUCCCCGCGGGGAAGAUCGCUUAUUUCCCUGCCUCAGAGCCCCCUUCAGACGUCUGGAUCCCUUAAAGGUGCACAGAGUCGCUCGUCCAUGAAGCCAUGCCCAGGUGUGCGAGAUGGCCCCUUACCCCGGCAGACACCCUUUGCAUACGCAAGCCUGCGCGCCGCCGACACACCUCGGAGCUCCCGGAGCGCGCCCGGCACUCAGGGCUCACGGGCAGGUGCCUCGCCGCGCAGACGCGCAGGGCGCGGAGACCGGCUCGGGCACGGGGCCGGCUGGGGCGGGGCAGCGGCGCGCGUUCCCCGCCGGCCACACGGGCCGCCUUGCGCCCGGCGAGGGGCGUGUGCACCGGCCCGGGAUCCUUGGGCCCCAUGUUCACGGAGCUAAGGACCAAGCUGAGCCCCCCGCGAGGCCGCGCCGGGGCUGUGCGUGCCGGCUUCGGGGAGCCCCGGGAUGUGGACGCCACUGCACACUUCAGCUUCUGCCGAACCCUCCUGGAGCACACGGUGUCUGCUGAGAGCAUCCCCUGCCACCUGCCUCGGACGCCAGGCACCAGCCUCACGUGGCACGACUCCCGUAGCCAGAGGGCCGCUGGCGGCCGGCCAGUCAAGCUCCUGCAGCAGCCUGGCACAGAGGCCCCCCAGGGCCGGCUGUACUCGGACCACUAUGGCCUGUACCACACAAGCCCCUCCCUGGGCGGCCUGGCAAGGCCUGUGGUCCUGUGGAGUCAGCAGGACGUGUGCAAGUGGCUCAAGAAGUACUGUCCCCACAACUACCUCGUCUACGUGGAGGCCUUCUCCCAGCACGCCAUCACAGGCCGGGCGCUGCUGCGGCUGAACGGGGAAAAACUGCAGCGGAUGGGGCUGGCGCAGGAGGCACAGCGGCAAGAGGUGCUGCAGCAGGUGUUACGCCUGCAGGUGCGCGAGGAGGGGCGGAGCCUGCAGCUGCUCAGCCAAGCCUCCUUCGGAAACACGUCCUAGCUGCUGCCCGAGGCUUGAACCCCAGACCCCAGCACUGUGACCAGAGCCUGUGGCAAGGACGAUGCAGAGCUGGCACACAGCCCCUCUCGGACCCCGCCAGAGGUGCCAGGGGCUGAGCCCGGCCCAGUGGACAGGUGGGACCAGGAUUGCCAUCUCUGGUUGUGCAUUCUGGGCUGUGAGCAGGUGGGGGCUGCUUGGGUGUGGCCCUUCCUCCCAGGACCUGAGCCCAACUCCACUCUCUGGUGCUGCUGGCAGCAUGCAGGGCAGCUAUCUGGAGCCAGAGCAGGGUCUGGUUAACCCCUAGACUCCCAGGGAGUCUGUUUAUUAUUUAUAUUCCCUUCACCCACACUGAUGUCCGUGCCCCUAUUGCCUGCUGAGUCACACUUCCUCUGGGCAUCCUGCCCUCCCCCAGGGCAAGAAGUCUGUCUGUCUGCCCAUUUGUCCAGCUCUACACCCUCACCCAGCACCUAGAGGAUUGCCGGCACAGGUGGGAUAAACUCUGGAGGCUCCCUUUGGCGAGUGCCACCCCCCGCCCCACCCAGAUAGUCAGCAGCAGCAGCCCCACCAAGAACUCUCCCUCAUGAUUUCGGAGACCCUCACCACACCCCCAUCUAUUCCCAGGAACUAAAGUAAGAGAGGUCUGGGGACUGCUCAGGCACCCAAGACCUAACACAGCACCAUGAGGACCCCAUUGCCAGGAUUCAGCUCAGCCAUGUCCUGGUUUUGGGUUUGGGAGUGCAGCUCUGCUCUUCCCCCAUCUGUGGAGGCUGCCUUUGAGGCACGGUGUAUUCUCACUGCCCCUUUCCCAGGAAAAUCCAAGUUCACUGAAGAGACUGUCUUGAGGGCUCCGCUGCCUACACUCACCCACCAGAGACCCAGCCGGCACCUGAGCAACCACUCCGUGGGCCAGGGGGCCCAAGGUCUGGGACUGGUGCUGCUCA